AUGUUAAGUAAUUAAUAUUUUAGUUUUAUUAAUAAAUAAAUAAAUCAAUAACUAGACAAAUAUUUAUUCUGUAGUUAAUAUAUAUUUAUUUAUAUACUGAUCAUGUUUUUAAGUUAAUAAAGUAUCAAUUAUGCAGACAUAAAUGAUUUUGCAACCUAGCUAAUCAUUUAAAAUCCUCACUACAAAAACUUGAGGAUCAUUUUUAAUGAAAAAUAUUUAAUUGAAAAACUGAAGGAUCAAACUUUCAUUUUUAGAUUGUAAGAUGAAUAAUUAAAGGUUGAAAAAUAAAUAAAUGCCAUCAUUUGUAAUAAUGAGACAAAAUUAUUCCUUGAUCAGAUUAUAGAUUUCAAAAAAUCAAUACAAAAACUGCAUUCUUAUGAAUGUUUUUUAGAAAUAUAUGGUUAUUACUUGCUAGAGACUAAAACUGAAUCUUAAAGAUAUUUUGUUAUUGAGUCUGAAGUAUACUCUUUUGGAAGCAUCAAUUAUGAAGAUAGCAAUAUAAAUUAGUUUUUGAACUACAUUCAAAAAUUUUUAAAUAAUUAGAUUUCUGAUAAACUAUUAAAUAAAAAAUUAGCUUUAUCAAAAAAUAUUUGCUAUUGCUCAGGAUAUAAUAACUCACUAUAAGUGAAAUUAAAUAUAAUAGAUCCAUAAUUUAUUGAAGAGAAGGAAGAUGAAUCUGUAAAUGGUAGUGUCCAAAAAGAGUCUCAGAGCAAAAUGAAAGUAGAAUUAUCAAGAAUUUUUGUAGCUGCAUCAAAAUUUGAAGAAUAUUUCAAUUAAAAUCACUCUGAUUUUUCUCAGCAAUACUUUCCAAUCAUAGAUUAUUUAACAUAAGAAAUAAAAAAUAAGAAUAUUUCUUAUUUUAAAAUUUCUACUUUAAGCAGACAAGAAUUGAUAUUGAUUUCAUUAAAUUAGUUAGAUGAAAAGUAAGUAUGUUAAUUCUUUUAUAUUGAUGAUAAGUUAAAAUUAAAAUCGGAUCAGUUUCAACUACUUCACAAAGUUGCUAAAAAGGAUACAAAUUAAGAUUUUCAAUUUAUUCAAGGUAAAGAAAAUGAGCCUUGCUUUUUUAAAGUAAGAUUUAGAAAUUUUAAGUAAAAUAUCUUGGUUUUGAAAACUAAUUUAUAGAUUUCAUAAAGCAUAUUAGAUAUUGCCAAGAUAAUUAAUCAUUUGUAUGAUUUAUAUUAAAUUAGUGGCGUUUUGAAGUUGCAAUUGAAUAAAAAAAUUAAUAAAACAGUCGAAGCAAUUCAAAACUUUAUAUCAACCUUAGCCAGCAAGUUUAAAUGCUUUUAAAUCAAUAAAAAUAAAAAUCCUGUCCAAAUUAUUUAGAAAGACAUCAAUCUGUUAAAUAAUUUUUUUAAUCAAGUUGAUUAAUAAGCCAUUUUAGAGUUUGAUUCUGAAUACCAAAAAGAGAGAGAACUUUAUUACAAAAGUUUGUGCAAUUACCUUAAGAAAAUCAAUGCUGCAUUAGUUUUAGAAUAGGAUAGGAAUAAUGUAAAAAUUACAAAAAAUUGGUAGAUCCAACUCUAAUACAAAAAAUUAAUCAAAGAUGAAAGUAUUUUUAGUUAAAUAAAUAUUUUAAAGGUAGAUUUGAAGGAUAAAUAAGAUACAAAUAAAUUUAUAGAAAUCUACAACUUUUCAAACAUUAAAUCUUUGAAAUUAAUGUAUUGCUUUUUUGAUUUGCCAUAGUUAAUAUCUAUAAACUUUGAUAAUAUUCAACUUUAUCAAAAUAUUCUGUAGAACUUACAAGACCUUCCUUUUUGGGAAUUCCUUAAAAGCAUUACAAUCAAAUACACUAAAAAUGAAAUUUUUUAUAAUCUUCCAUCCAGAAUAUGCAGCUCUAUUUUAUUAUAUAUUGCUAUUAAAAACUAAUUAGCUAGAGUAAAGUUUCUUAAAGAUCUAAAAUUAGAAUUUACAUAAUUUUUGGUUGAAGUUGAUAAAAUUUUAUUUCUUAUACUUUUACACUUUAAUAAUGAUAAAUAAAGCAAUCAGAUAAAUCCUCUACUAAAAUAAGGAUAAACUUAACCUGCUUAAGCACUUAAAUUAUUUGAGUAACAAUAAUACUAGUAGCAGCAACAAAAUUAAUAAGAAGGCGGUAGCUCAUUUUCAAUAGAUUAAAAUAACUAGACUAAAAGUAUCUUUUAAGUUCAAGAAUAAUAAAAUAAAUAAGAAACAAAGAUAAAGAGCUCUCUGUUCUAAAAUUCAGCAAGUAACUUAUUUUCUCAAGGAUAAAUACAACCAAAUAUAUUUGAUAAAUCAUUUAAAGAAUUGAAAAAUGUAGAAAGCUAAUAGAGUUUGAAUGGUGUAUAAUCUUAGUUAAAAGAUUUAAAAUGUUUCAUCUAAGAAAAAUAAACUAAUCUAGAAAGCAGCUAGCCUCCAAAUUUUAAUAUUUUUGAAUAAAAUGGUAAAACAAAAUAAAAUAACAAUCAAAUUAAUAACAGCUUGUUUGAGAAAAGCAACAAAAAUGUAUUUAAUGACCUUGAAAACGAAGAAGAGAGCAGCUAUAAAAAAAAGAGAAUCAAUAAUGAAUUGAAUUUGCAUUAAAAAUUCGAGCAUUAAUUGAGCUCAAUUAUAUAUGAUAAUUAGAGACUAAUUACCAACUGUUCCUAAACAUAAAACAUGCUUACAUUUGAGUACGAAAACGAAAAAUUUAAAUAAAUAGGAAAAUUAAAGGUUGUGUCAUAGAUUGCUAAUAAUAAGCAGGAAUUUAUCUCAUUUGAAUGUGAUAAUAGAGAAAAUAUUGAUUGCUAUUUUAUUUAAACUAAAAGGUAGAUUUGUGAUCCGAUUCUAGUUGAGAAAUGGCAACUUUUUUCAAUUUAAUCUGAAAUUUUCUAAAAAAUAAUUGGAUAGAGCUACAAACCAGGAUGUUGUCAUCAUUAAUACAAUUUAUUAAUAGGAUAGCUAUACAAAUAGUAGCAACAUCUAGAGCAUCUUAGCUUAAGUAUAUGUGUCUGUGAUUAUAUGAUUGAAAACAACUCUUUUUAGCUCUACUUUGACACUCAGUUGCAUAAUAAGCUUAGAAGCUUAGCUUUAGUUAUCAAUAAGAAUUAUUCUUCUCAAUACAAUUUAGUUUCGAAAAGCAUAUUUAAGCAAAUAAAACAUCUCAAUAAUUUAAAUAUCCUAAAACUCAAGUUCCAAGAUUUAGCACUAAAUAAAAACUUCACUAUUCUAAAAAAACAGAAAAGACUCGUAACCCUUAUAAUUUAAUGA